UGUUUACAUUUUCUGCACGGACACUAUUCACACGGACCAAAGCUAAGUUGUCUGGCGAAAUGGAAGUGAAAAACACUAACGCUGCUAUGCUCAGUAACUAUGAGGUGUUCAAACUGCUGACAGACCUGAAGGAACAGAGGAAGGACAGCGGGAAGAGCAAACACAGCACCGGGCAGCAGAACCUCAACACCAUCAUGUAUGAGACGCUGAAGUACCUGUCAAAGACGCCCUGCAGCAGGCAGACUCCAGAGAUCGUCAAAGACUUCCUGACCACCAUGAUGCCUCACAAACUCACAAAGGCAGAAAAACUGCAGCUAUUGAACCACCGGCCACAGACAGCAGUGGAAAUUCAGCUAAUGGUGGAGGAGAGUGAAGAGCGGUUAUCAGAGGAGCAGAUUGAGGAGCUCAUCCACACCGUGGCAGACGUCCUGCCUGGUGACCCGGAGCAGGAGAACGCAGCUCCAGCAGAUGCAGAAAUGGAUGAAGCAGGUGAACAGUCAUGACAAAGUGACAGGCCAGAAAUGACCCAAGGGUAAA